AUGCAAAAAUUGCGUCUUCGAGUUCUCAAAAAAAUAGGGAAAGGCAAACAUUCGGAAGUAUUUUUAGCCUUAGAUUUAAAGAGUUGUUUUUUAAUUGCAAUAAAGAGAAUAAAUAAAGAAGAAAUAAUAAAAUAAGACAUGGAAGAAUAAUUUUCGGAAGAACUAAAAGUUCAUUUUUAAUUAAAGCAUCCUAACAUAGUUUAACUUUAUGGAUUAUUUGAUGAUUCUGUAUUUUUUUAUUUAAUUAUGGAAUAUGCACCAGAUGGUUAACUAAAAGAAUUCAUUGAAAAAUAAAAAAAUGUCUUCAAUGAAUUAUAAGCAGGUUAUUUUUUAAAAUAAUUAUUAGAUUCUAUAAUUUAUUUGCAUUAAAAAAACAUCAUGCAUAGAGAUAUUAAACUAGAAAAUUUACUUAUAUCUAAUGAAAUACUUAAAUUAGCUGAUUUUGGAUACAGUAGAUAUUUAAUAGAUAGAUAAAAAACAAGGAAAACAUUUUGUGGAACUUUAGACUAUUUAAGUCCUUUUAUUUUAAAUGAGAAAGAAUAUGAUUAAUAGGUUGAUAUUUGGGCUUUAGGAGUAGUUUUAUAUACACUUUUAUAAGGAAUUACUCCUUUUUAUGAGAAUAGUUUUAAUGGAACUUUUAAUAAUAUAUAAAAGGGAAGCUUUUCAUUUUAAAAAUAUAUAAGUCUUGAAUGUAAAGAGUUUAUUAAAAUGCUUCUUAAUCCGUAAUUAAAAAUUACUGUAGAGGAAUGUGCGGAAAACAAAUGGGUGUUAGAUAUGGUCAGGGAAUAUGAUAAAUUAAAUUAAUUUUUCCUUUCAGAAGAAGAUUUGUAAAUAAUUUAUUGA